AUGAUCAUUGACUUACAUCACGAUAUCUUUUUCUUCCUCAUUCUUAUUUUGGUUUUCGUAUCACGGAUGUUGGUUCGCGCUUUAUGGCAUUUCAACGAGCAAACUAAUCCAAUCCCACAAAGGAUUGUUCAUGGAACUACUAUCGAAAUUAUUCGGACCAUAUUUCCAAGUGUCAUUCUUUUGUUCAUUGCUAUACCAUCGUUUGGUCUUGCAUUGACAGUACUAAUAAUGGCAUUUGUUGUCUUAUUCGGAGUUCAAGGAAUAGCCUUUCAUCUUGGGAAUGAGAAUGUCGCGGAUCUCAAUGUUCUCGUCAUGACCAAUGCUCCUAACAGGGGUGACUUUCUCAUAGACCAACCUCCCGUUGGCGGACUACCAGACCUCCAGCAGGAAAUGGCCACGCCGCCCAUCCCGAAGACAUAA